AUGCCGAAAUGGCCUGCGGGAUUCUUAUCGCUCAGAACUUUUGAAGCCGUUCACCAUUUCGCGUUGUCAAUUGAGAGAUUGACUCCUAGACAAGUACAAUCCGUGGUCCGCCAUGUUAACGACCUCCUAGACGGCAAAUCAACGAAGGUUACGAAGAACCUGCUCAUGGCCACUGGGUCAGCCAUCACUCCUGAGUUCUUGAAAAAUACCAGAAGCCUCCCCGACAACGGAAGCAAACUUUUUUCGCGUGAUUUCGUUGAUAUGACCAAGAAUUUGAUCAAGAAGGCAGCAAGAACCAGGAGAGAGAUCACGGAGCCCAAGCACCAGUUCUGA